CGACGAUUAAAUUACAAAUUAGAUCAAAAGUUAUCAAAUAUUUCGUAAAUUUUAGCUUAAUAGUUUUAGGAAAAACAUAUUUUUAAUAAAUUAUAAUUUUUAUUCAAUAACUCAAUUAUUUUUCUCAACAAAUUUGGCGAAAAAAGUAACAUUUUUCCGAUCUUACAAUCAAUGUCGGACUCGGAAAAUAAGAAAAAAUCCGGAGAUGUGAUUUAUGAAGAAGGUCCGGGGGCUGCCUAUCAAACUUUUGUCAUCAUGGAAGAACUUUUAGAUAAGUUAAAACUUCUAAAUUACGAAGAUGGCUACUGCAAAAGACUCUCUAACAAACCCAUUUCAAGGCAUUUUUUUGCCCUGCCAACAAACCCUGGGGAACAGUUUUAUGCCUUUUCAACAUUGUCAGCCUGGCUAUUGAAGAUGUGUGGCAAGUCUUUUGAUCAGCCCCAGGAGCAUGACGACCCAAAUGGUAUUAUUUCCAACAUACUUGAUGAACUAAGACAGAUGAAUCAUAAUCCAGAUUUUCCGCCUAAUCGAUUGAAAUCAGGUUGUGGAGAGCAGUGUUUGUGGGUCAUAGACAGACUGGCCGACGAGGCACUCAAAUUUCAAAAAUUUUCAUGGAAAAGACCAAUAUACCCACAAGAUCAUCUGGAUGAAGGGAAGGCGAUGGAUGAUGGCGAGGAAGAGGAAGCUGACCUCAACCUCUUCAAAGCCGAUAAUGAAUUAGAUUUAGCAGAUGACGACGACGACGACGACGAACACGCCCUAAUUCUAGAUCACCUAACUGACAAUUUCCAGGCGGCUUCUGGAGAUUCUAAAAAUAUCUCUCAGGGGUUUUCCGGCUCGGAAAAUCCUCAACAGAUAAUGGAAAGUAAUACUGAUGUUGCUGAAUGGAAGAUGGAAGUAGAAAGAGUGUUGCCACAGUUGAAAAUCACAAUAAGGCCAGAUAAUAAGGAUUGGCGGGUACAUUUCGAGCAGAUGCAGACGUUCAAAUCCGGAAUGGCCGACAGCCUGAAAGAUGUUCAGCAACAUCUAGGCAGGCUGACUCACGACAUCACCAAGAGUCUGGAGAAGAUUAGUAACAGGGAGAAAUAUUUGAAUGGACAGUUGGACGGGAGGCUGCAAGAAUAUCGCGUUAAACAGGAUCAACUGAGUGAGAUCAAGGAACAGUACAAACUGGCCGGCGCUGGAGUAACAGAGAGAAGCAGGACAUUGGCCGAAAUAACCGAUGACCUUGAAAGAAUAAAACAGGAAAUGGAAGAGAGAGGUUCCAGCAUGUCAGACGGAACCCCGCUAGUCCGGAUCAAGCAGGCGAUGACGCAGAUAAAGGAGGAAUGCUUGCAUAUGGAUGUUAGGAUUGGCGUACUACAGCACAUACUACUGCGAGCUAAACUCAAAGAGAGAAACAUUCAGAAUAGUUUGAUGUUAAAUCAAUCUUCUCUGAUUGCUGUGGACGAAGAUGACAUAAUUAAUAACGAAUUUCAAGGCUAUUGAUUAAUUGGUUUUGAUUGAUUUGUCUGUAACUGAAUUGGUUGAUUGAUUGAAUUACUUAAGAGCUAAAUAAAUUGAUCUGAUUGGCUGAUUGAUUUGAUCAUCGGUUGACAGAUGAAAGGAUCUAUUGAUUGGGCGAAUAGUGACUGAAUGUUUGAAUAUUUGGUUUAACAUUUUUAUUUUAUUUUAAAUAUAUGAAACUGUAUCAUUAUUUAAAGUGUCAAAAAUAUCAUAAAAAUGAAUUUUUUUUUCAUAUUGCUAAAUAAAUUAUUAUACUUUGUUUAAAA